CACAUCUCUGCGAUAAUUAAGUUCCAAUUUAGGGAGAACAAACGGUGCCAUGCGAAAAACCAAGAAAAGACUGCAGAAACUAUUCCUACAGCUGAUUAGUUCUAAUUCAUAAUACUAACAGGACUAACAUUCCUCGGCACACGAUAACUCCGGUUUACCUUUUCAGGAAUAUGCCCGACACUUACGAGUUGUCGGCCGUUUUCAAUUCACACCCCGACGCCAAUCCACCCCGCCCGACCUAGCCGGAGAGCGAGGCGAGAAGACCGGCCAGCGGGCACGUCAAUAAUUAAUUGAGCAAACAUACACGCCAUAUCGCAAACAAUUGCAAAAUGUAGCUUCUAUUUGUUGCCCAAUAAUCAAACCCUGUCAUCUCAAUGGGCGCCAUUGUUGACGUGUUUUGAGGCUUUCUGAUAUGGGUGUUAAGUGGUUAUGUGCCGCAUCUUAGUGGGAAUUCGUUAAAGAGAAAGUGAAGGAGAAACUUGCUUAUUUACCCUCUUCAAACGAACUAAUCGCGGUAAUGCGGACAGGGCGAGCAGCCCCCCUCCUGCCAAUUGCUACGAAAAUUCACCUGUUGACACUUUCGGUAUUUGGUAAUCGUUUUUAGACUACAAAACUACCUUUGAAGGAACGCGCUCGCCUUUGAUGUCGUGCCGCGAGGCUUUGCAUAUCCAAUUAUAAGCUCGCGGUGUAUUCCACAAUAGUAGCAAGGACAUUGUCAUAAGAAUUAGGGGAGAUUGACGCUUAUUGGUGAGUUUUUUGUGCCAAAUAUUGUGAAUGAAAAGGUGUUUGGGUGUACGGAUGAGACUUGUUGAAAGUUUUUUUUCAAAGGGAAGGGGGAGAAGGACCACCCCAUAUUUUCCGUCAUUUUUUACCAGACCCCUUUCGACCCUGUGGCUCUCGUGUCGCAUAAAAGAAUAUGUCACACGAGAACUUGGCCCAGAAGUAGUCUACGUCUGGAAAGAUCAGUCGAAGAACAUACCAGAUCUAGGAUUGGUCUAUCAUCACUUAUCGGCAACGAUACCUGAGUUAUCAGUUUCUUCAAGAAAGCAGAACCUUAUAUCAAACUCAAGGAAUUGAAAACACUGACGCUGUCACCGCAAAGAGUCUGCCUCAAUAAGUGAAACAAAAGAAAACGGAACUUCCCAGUCGAAUUUAAUUCAAGCAAAGUCUACUGCCUUUGCAGUCGAAAUCGAGGUUUAGUCGCAGUCAAUCGAAAUCAAAUUAAGGAAACAAAAGCACGCUUCAAAAAUUGUCAAAGAGAUCUAUCAUUGACAAUCAAACUCGGGACAUUGGUAAUCUCUUCAACGUGUUGAGAUGCAAUCGAAGAGGUGUUGAUAAUCGAACCAUUUGACACGUAUCAAGGAAACAAAAACCGACGCGAGGUGGAGCGAACCUUUAAGUUAAGGCCAUUUUGAACGUCAAUCAUUGAGCAGACGACACGGAGUCGACUAUUUCGGAAGUGGCGCGCGGAUCGGAAUGAAGAAAAUUUUGGAGGCGCCACAGUUUGCGAUGGAAUCCGCUGUGUGUUGCACGCCGGUGACGCCGCGAACAAUGGAUGUGGACAACAGGUGGGAUGCGAGCGUCCCUCCUCCUGAGCGGCCUCGAGAUGACUCUCCGACGAGCCGAGAGUCCUCCGCUGCUGGGAGUGUAGAGAAAUGCAGCGGUGCGAUGAAUUCUGGCUCUUGGGUGAGCAUUUCGAGAGCAGAUGACGCCAGGUCGAAAAACAAGGAGCAAGAUCUCACAAGCUUGCUCAAGACACACGUUCUUAACAGUGAUGAACAGACAGAUAAACCAGUGAGAUUUAGUGGCCACAUUUGGAGACCUGCAAUGGACGAAAAUGACAGGAAAACGUCGAAAGACGUUGACAAAUCAGUCUCAAACGCUGCUAGAAUUUGGAGACCCAAUGACCAUCAGCUCGUAGAGCAAGGUUCAUCACGGUUCGACGGCGACGACUUUGAAAGUGAUGAUGACGAGAAUCAAGAUGAAUUCAGAAACGAUGUCGGAGACCAACCGACAAAGAGAAAGCAACGUCGAUAUCGUACCACCUUUACCAGUUUUCAACUAGAAGAAUUGGAACGCGCCUUCUGUAAGACCCAUUAUCCUGAUGUGUUUACGAGAGAAGAAUUAGCCAUGAGAGUAGACUUGACCGAAGCAAGAGUUCAGGUCUGGUUCCAGAAUCGGCGAGCGAAGUGGAGAAAAAGAGAGAAACUUGGCAUACAACCACGACUCCAUCCACAUCCAUCGUUUUGCCCUAUCCUCGGUGGUCCGAUCACAGAUUCGAAUCUUGUAUCUACUCAUUUAUGCCGUCUUGCUUGCAUCGACCGCGCCCAACGGCAAGGGUUACUGGCGUCACCGCCGCCGCCAGCACAACCACCACCGCCUCCUCUUCAACAAUUUACAACCUCAUGUUUGCCGACGGCAACGUCGACAACCGUCUUAUCGGGGUCCCUACCGAGGCCUACUUACCAGCUUCCCGCUCAUGGACUGCUACCACUGCAUCAUGCUUCACCAGUCGCCGCGGCAAACAUGUUGUAUCCGACGCCAUUUUGUGAUUUUUGGUCCAAGCAGGCGAGUCUCGCUUCCACGAGGAACUCACAAUCAAACCUCGCUCAUCUCGGCCCUGCACUGCUCACACCGUGUUUUCCGGUCCCACGGAAGUACCAGGACCACGACCCGUCAAUGCCAGCGAGUCCUGGACUCAUCAGCCGAGGUAGCCUGGGCCUGGACCCGUUGGGACCGAGUUCUAAGAAGGGACUCAAGCAAGAUCUUUGGUUAAGGAGCGAACGACGAGCGUUAAGCAUCGCGGCACUUCGAUUGAAAGCUCGUCAACACGCAGCGGGUGUCGAACCUGUCGAACGCAAAGGUGUCCCCAUGAACCCAUAUCAUGGCGGUUUGAUCCUUUUCAAUUCUGAGUGAAGAAUCCACCUGGAAAGCAAAAUAUAUGUGCAUACAAUACCUAGUCAUUGAAGUUAACUUUACCAUUGAAAUCCUCGAUUUUGAUCCUCGCUGUUGAGCAUUAAUACAUUGACAAUGACCAGCCUAGGGCCUAUAGUAAUCUUUUACACACCUGGUGGAUGUUUCAUAAAGCUGUCCGUAAGUUAAGAGCGACUUAAGAACGACUGGUAAACCUUCCGCGCUUAACCAUCGCCAAUGAAUUUCCCAUUUUCCACAAGAACCUAAUGUGAGCUUUGGAAGCUAGCAGACCCCCCCCCAUCACAAAAUGACCUUCAUAUUAUUGAGUGCACCCCUUAAAAAUAUAUCCUGGAGCCGCGCCUGCGUUGUCACUAAUAUUCGAUGUUCCCCUAUAUAAUUACCCUGUCUAAUUCGAUGAACCAAGUUUCUGAAUAUUUUCUACUUUUCACAAAGCUUGAAUUUCUUGCAAAUAUUUAUAUAUAGAAUUGAA